UCCAGCCUCAGAAAAUUAUCACCCCCCUCUCUCUGUCUCUCAUGUUCUUCUCUUAAGAAUCCAAUCUUUGGGUUUCUUCGGGUUUCUUGAAGGUGGGUUAGAGAGUAACGAUGCAAGCUCUUCUGCAAACAAAAGGGCUUCUCUCACUACCUUCAAAUCCCAAGGCCAGGGCUUUCAAACCCCAAUCACAGGGACUCAGGCAUAGAUUAAACCCCUUGAAACCCAAACCCCUUGAUGGGUUCUCUCUAUCUCUCAAUGGGUUCUCAAAAUUUCAAGGGUUUGUAACAAAACCUAAUAGGGUUGGUGGAAAUGGCAGAACUUUUCAUAUCUGCAGGGCUGAGGCUGCCUCAGCAGCACCAGCUGAUGGGCAGCCACUUCUGGGAGAUGUGGAUUCACUCAAAUUUAUGGGUAUUGAGAUUGUGACCCUGAAAAAGAUUGUACCACUUGGGUUGAUGUUCUUUUGUAUUCUCUUUAACUACACAAUCCUCAGGGACACCAAAGAUGUUUUGGUUGUCACAGCUAAAGGCUCUAGUGCUGAGAUUAUACCAUUCUUGAAAACUUGGGUCAAUUUGCCCAUGGCUAUUGGGUUUAUGCUGUUGUACACCAAAUUGGCUAAUGUGUUGUCAAAGCAGGCUCUCUUCUAUACAGUCAUCCUCCCUUUCAUCGCCUUUUUCGGGGCUUUUGGGUUUGUUUUGUAUCCUAUGAGCCAUUAUUUCCACCCAACAGAUUUUACUGAUAAGCUUCUAGCUACGCUUGGGCCGAGGUUCCUCGGUCCUAUAGCGAUUAUAAGGAUAUGGAGUUUCUGUCUGUUCUAUGUCAUGGCUGAGCUCUGGGGUAGUGUGGUGGUUUCAGUUCUGUUUUGGGGGUUUGCCAAUCAGAUUACUACAGUUGAGGAAGCCAAAAGUUUCUACCCUCUUUUUGGACUUGGAGCCAAUGUUGCCCUUAUUUUCUCUGGUCGAACUGUGAAGUACUUCUCUAAUAUGAGAAAAAAUUUGGGUCCUGGAGUUGAUGGUUGGGCCAUCUCAUUGAAAGCAAUGAUGAGCAUUGUGGUGCUUAUGGGGCUUACAAUCUGUUUUAUUUAUUGGUGGGUGGAUAAUUAUGUUCCCCUUCCAGCUCGAAGUAAGAAGAAGAAGGAGAAACCGAAGAUGGGGACAAUGGAAAGCUUAAAGUUCUUGGUGUCUUCAAGAUACAUCAGAGAUCUUGCCACUUUGGUGGUUGCAUACGGUAUUAGUAUCAACCUUGUUGAGGUUACAUGGAAAUCAAAGCUCAAAGCUCAAUUUCCAAGCCCUAACGAGUACUCGUCCUUCAUGGGUGACUUCUCAACUGUGACUGGGAUAACAACGUUCACAAUGAUGCUUCUAAGCCAAUGGAUAUUUAACAAAUAUGGUUGGGGAGUCGCAGCCAAGAUCACGCCCACGGUCUUGCUUCUCACAGGAGUUGGCUUCUUUUCUCUACUUUUGUUUGGCGAUCCAAUUGCACCUACUCUUUUGAAGUUUGGGAUGAGUCCACUUCUAGCAGCCGUGUAUGUGGGCGCAAUGCAGAAUAUUUUUAGCAAGAGUGCAAAGUACAGCUUGUUUGAUCCCUGCAAAGAAAUGGCCUAUAUUCCUUUAGAUGAGGAAACCAAGGUUAAAGGAAAGGCUGCCAUCGAUGUUGUCUGCAACCCACUGGGGAAGUCCGGCGGUGCUCUGAUCCAGCAGUUCAUGAUCUUAACUUUCGGGUCACUUGCAAACUCAACCCCAUACCUUGGAGGAAUACUUUUAGUGAUUGUUCUAGCAUGGUUAGCAGCGGCCAGGUCUUUGGAUACUCAGUUCACUACUUUGCGUCGCGAGGAAGAACUCGAGAAGGAGAUGGAAAGAGCGGCUGUGAAAAUCCCGGUUGUGGCUGAAAUGGAAAGUGGCGGUAAUGUUUCUCUUGUGAGUGGUCCAGCACUGAAUCCAACCGGAGGCGACUCGCCAAGUAGUUCAUCUGAAACCUCGACUCUGCGCAAUAUAUGAAAAGAUUUAAAUCCAUUGCUUGCAGAACAAGAGGAAUAAGGAAAAGAUGACAGAGUAGUGUUGUUAGGGUGCUAUGUUUGUAGGAUUUUAUUUUAUUUAUAGAAAUAAUUAGAAUUUGUUGGUUUUAGGAUUUUCUGUUGUAGUUGAAAAUAAUUGGAACCCUGGCAGGCUUGCCAAUCUUUAUUUGAUUUUUUCCCCUAAAAUGUUGUCUUCAUAGGUACAAUGAAAUUAUUGUUCUGUUCUAUUUUAAGUUCUUGUUGAAUUUUAUAACUGCAAUGGAUUAUACUUGGAAGGUAA